GAAGAAGAAAAAACAUGUUUAUACAAAAAUAAAAACUAAAAAUAGUAAUCGUCUAAAGUAGUGAACCCCACUGAGAAAAAAAUGGAGGAAACAGAGAACAAAUCCAUCAAAUCUGCAUCCGAAGAGAUUUCCAGUGAAUUCAAAACCCUAAUCAAUGCUAAGGAUUUGGAUUCUUUGAAGCAAUUGCAAAACCUCAUAUUGGGACGGUUGCAGGACAGCAAUGCAGUUCUUUCUCACUUCAAUGAGUAUUCAGAACAUUGUUACGCAGAGGUCUCGGCAGAUUUCUCUAGAAAUACACGUCUCUUAAAAUCUAUGAAGUCAGACCUUGAUUACAUAUUUCUGAAGUUGAGGAACAUGAAGGCAAAAAUCAUAUCAACGUACCCAGAUGCUCUUCCAGAUAAUACAACUAUUCAGGCACUUGAUCAAAGGCCUGAUCUUGAAAUGCCACAAUAAGUAAGUCUGGUAAUGUAAAUGGUGGGGAAAUGUUUGGCUUCUUCUAUUUCUUCCAUUGCAAAUAUGGAAAAGUAGGUUUAGGGUGGAUAGAGCUCAACUGUUUUUAUCUGAUAGUUCUGCAGCGGUAUAUUUCUAGACGCGUUAUGAUAAGUUGCAGUCUCUCCUGAACAGUAAGUAGUUCUAAUUCGAUUUGUGCUUUGCAUGUACCUUUUUGGUGACAAGGCACUGAUCUGUUUAUCGUAAGGAUUCUGAGUUUCCGAUUAAAACUUUGAUUGAUGACAUGAAAGAGAAGAUAUUUCGUUCUCGGAAUGAAAAUGUAUGCCUUGUUAUUAUGAAAUGACAAUUUUCUUAUGCUU